AUGGUGAACCGGACGGUGGCCGCGUCGAUGUGCUGGGCGUGUCCCAUCAGCGAGCUGAUGAAGGACGCCUCGCGCAUCGUCAGCGGCUCGCCGCCCUUCAUGCACCGCUCAGCAUCGCGGAGGCGGCUAGCACUGUCGCGCUUGAAUGCCGGCAUUCAAGCGAUCUCUGUUUCGGGAGGACGUGAGAGUGCCUUAAAGUCUGGAGGCACUUUCACGCUCAAUCGCCAGCGGCUGUCACCUCCCUCGACGAUCGAUGGCGUCGUCCGCGUUGACGCCGGCCCCAUCGAGUCGGACAUCAUCAUGGCAGCCGGCCGGCCCGUGAUGGCACAUCCGCCGGCGCGCAGCUCGGAUCUGACCUUCGAGGCGUUCCUCGACGCUUGCAUCGCGGACGGCCACCGCCACCUGAAGCUGGACUUCAAGGUUUGGGCUGCGGUCGAGCCGUGCCUGGAGUUGCUGGCGGCGCGCAAGCUGCAGCUGCUCUCAAACGGGCAGGCGCGCAGCCGCUGGGAGUGA